AUGGAGGGAUGUGACCCAUGCAGUGGGGUAGGGUCCCUCAGGGGCUCCUCUCCCCAAAUCCAGCAGGAACUUCCCAUGGGGUCUGCUCUAGGGGUCCCCACUCCAUACGCCCUGUCACCUAAAGCACACACACAGCAGGGUCCCUGCCCUUCUGCCUGCCAGCAGCUUCCUGGGAUGUCCUGGGGAUACCGCAGGCCUGUCCACCCCUCAAUCCCCACAUUUCCCCUUCCACCCCCCCCCCCCCGCCCCACUGGAGCCCUCAAGGCCCCGCCAUUUCCCCUCACUCUGAGCCAGCUUUUGGACCAGGAAGGGCACUGCAACACCAGCAAAGAGGGUGAACUCCAGUGGACCCCACUCAUGUCUUGGACACUGCCACCCCAGUCCCUGGCAUCCUUGGAUCUCCAGCCUGCCCAGCCUCUUGUCUGUCCAGCUCUGGCCUCCUUCCAGGGUCCUACCAGCCCCAGGAGAACUGCUUCCAGGCCCCUGGGGAUGCUGGAACCCCCCAAAUUUGGGGGAGUGCUGUGUGGUGUAGGAGAGGACACAAGCUGUCUCAUCCACCAGCCUCCCCCAAGGCUACCCCUCCUGUCUGCUGUCGGAGGAGGCAGGGUCAGCCCCAGGGUCUGCUUCUCACUGAGAUGA